AUGGUUCAGGUAUAUAUCAUAUUCAUACUGACAUCAUUAUAUUGUUUGUACUAGAUCUUUUGUAUUUGUAUUUAUAUCUUCCAAACGCGUGAUUAUCCAAGACUAAGAUUUUAUCUCAUCUCAUGAUACUCACGAAAUUGUCUUUUGACACCUCAUCGAUAUUAAUUAAAAGAAAUAAUUUUCCCAAGAUGAAAGGAACUCGUUCUUCGUUGUAAUUAAAUUUUACAUACAACGAUGAAAGCAUAAAAAAGUUUUCGAGAAGACAUUGGCAAAGCAGUUCCUUUAUUCUAAAAAACUUUUCUCUUCUUAUUUUUAUUAAACGAAUUUCUUCCUUUCUUCUUAUUUCAGAUUAAGAAUGUACUACUAUCUAUUAAAAAUGACCAUAACUAUUACAUGAACCGUCCAGAAAAUAUGAUUCUCCAAUAUUACGCUGUGCAAGGGAGUAGAAUUGGAUUUUAUUACGUUUGUAAGUGUAGAUCUGAAAAUGAAAAGAAAUGCUUAUCAUCAAUCGUGAAGAAUGUUUCUAUUCUAGCCUACGUUUACACGACAUAUGUAAUGUACGUACUGUUACCAACGGUGUCAUUGGUAAUUGACGAAAUUGUAUCCUCGAAUCAUUCUGAGGAUAAAAGCUUUCCAGUCGUUCUCGAUUACGGUGUGGACAUGCAACAAUACUUUUAUCAUCUGUUCAUACCUGUAUACAUAUCAAUAUUCAUGGUUGCCAAUGUGGUUGCUUCUUGCGAUACCACAUACAUGCUAUAUGUUCAACACAUCUAUGCUUUGUUUGCGAUUGUGAGUUAUAAACUAAAGACUAUACACAUUUUGGAUACGAAUAGCAGUAUAAUGAACUUAAAGAAUAAUCGUUUGUUCGAAAAGCACAAUAAUAUCGAAUUAUUAUCGAUAGAAGAAAAGAAAAUCUUUAGUGAAUUUGUGCUUUGCAUAAAAGCACAUCAGAAUGCAAUAAAGUUGGUGGUCUUGUUACUGUCCUGAAUUUAAAUAAUGCGGGCGAUGUGAUGCGAUUUGGAUCACUUGCAUUGGCACAAGCUAUACACAUAUUUGUUCUUUGCCUUCCUGGACAAAGACUACUGAAUCACAGUGAAGAAGUAUAUGCUGCUGCAUGCGAGGUAAUGUGGUGUAUAUUGCCCAAAAAAUGUCAUAAUUUAUAUAAAUUUUUACUCGCAAGAACUAUGGUAUUCAACAAAAUAACAGCUUUCAAACUAACCAUCAUGUCGAUGGAAACCUUUCUGGCGAUCAUUCAAACUGCAAUGAGUUACUUCACUGUAUUAUUAUCAACUACAUGAAGUGAAUACUGAAUGUAUUUCAAUUCUUGUAAUUUUAUUUAUAUUAUAUACUAUCAGGCCAUGUAAUGAAAUAAUGAUUUUCAUUGUUGAUACUGUAGUACUCAAACAAAAAGAAAUACACUUAAAGGUGGAUAAAUAUAUUUAUAUCAAUG